AUGUUACAACCGGAUCCCAACCAUCUUCUCGCUCGUCUCACCCGUCUCACUUCCACCAUAUCUGGUCUCGAUGCUUCCCUCAUGCUGGCUCAAUACUCAUCCCCCUUCGUCAUUGCCAUUCUCCUCCGGCUUGCUCGCUUUCGGGCUGACCACCCAAGGGUACGCAUGACAGUAGCGGCCAAACGAGAGGUCGUGUCAGAUAGAGGUAUGGCGCUGACCCGACUGGCAGAAGGAUGGGGUCGAGCAGCUGGUAGCAUUGCCGAUGCGCGUGUCAUCAUGAGGGCUUUCGGCUUGCUACCUGUCAUACAAGGCUUACUCAAAAUGUAUCCUGAUUCAAUUGAAAGUCUUUUGAGCUUCUAUAAGCGACGAAAAGUGGAUAAAGAGAAAUUACUCCCUACACUCAAACUUCUGAGUCUGCUGGCUUAUUACCCCCUGGAGCACAUUUACUGGUUAGCCAACAAAGGCGUGCUAGACAUCAGCGUGCGAUCCGCGGAUACUGCUAUGCUCUGGGGAUGCCGUUUUUGGGCGCUUUACGUCCUCCUCGAGAUCUACCGGCUUCGUCAAACCUAUCUUUCCCUUUUGUCUCGUACUCGCGCGCUCAAGUCUUCAAAAUCCUCCGUCACUCCAGCAGAAGCAGAAGGCUACGAGCUUCAAGAUCCGUCUACAUCUGACGUACCGCCUAUCGCCGAUUCAAGAAUGGUGGAAAAAAAGGCAGUUCGUAAAGGCUGGGUGGCAUGGAAGGAUGACGUCUUAGUCAAUCUGUGA